GCUCCCAUCGCGUCGUCGAGGGACCGGCAGUCUUAUAAAGAUUUCUGCUGAGGUUCGCUAGUGUGCAAAGCUAUUAGUUUAAGAAAAACGAAGAUCAUGCAACGGGGCCAGUUGGCUGUUUUGGUCUUCGCCGUUGCUGCAUCAGCGACGGGGGUUCUUGCACACCAGCCGUCGUGCCAUGACCCAAGCGAGUCGGACUACGAAUACUACCGCUGCUUCAACUUCAACAGCCCCGAUGACUUCUCUUCGCAUCUCAUUCGUCCUCAGCUUCGCCAAUACUUGACGUUCGUUCUCAAGAACAGUAGCUUGAGUCACCUGCCCACUGGAGCGUUCACACAGAUAAACGCCUCCGUCCUGGAACUGAACAAUGUGCAUCUGGACAGUUUCUCCCGGCCAGGAGAGAAUCCUUUCGAAGGACUGCAGAAUUCUCUCAGGAAGAUCAUCUUAAGCGAAGGCACCACAAUACCGGACUCAUGGGCCCCUUUUUCGUCUCUCGAACAAUUGAAGACGGUCCGAAUUUCCGAAGCGAAAAACCUGGUGCUUUCAAGAAGCUUCAACGAGCUGCCACAAAGUGUGAAGGUCAUCAACAUCGCCUUCUCAGACAUCGCCUCGGUUGACGAGGACUGGGUGUCGAAUCUGGUGAACCUAGAAAUUGUCGGCAUUCGUCACUGCAAUCUGCGAGUGUUCUACCGUUCAAUGCUUCCGAGACCAGCGCCCAAGUUGUGGAGGAUUGACCUCUACAAGAACAACCUGACGUCCCUUCCUCAAGACUUCAGCGUUGACAUGCCACUCCUGCGAUCGGUGACGGUCGAGCAUAACCAGAUCACCACGUUCCACCCGGAAACGUUUGCUCCUCUAGCUGUCAACGAGGUCAACAGAGUUCGUUUCCUCGGAAAUCCCCUGCAUUGCGACUGCAAGCUGAAAUUUGCGCUGCAAUACCCACCCAGUUGGCUAAAUGCCAAUUGCGAGACUCCGCAAGCGCUGAAGGACCAGCCGCUUAAAGAUCUCACCGAGGAACAACUUACUUGCGCCGACGGUGCAUGAGUGCGUGUAACGAGCACCGUCCUGGAACCUUUACACAGAAGGUGACCUUUGUGCAGAACAGCUGCUGUCAAUGGUGAAAAAUUCAGGGCCUACUUUCUGUAAUUUAGUUACCAGCAAAUUUAACGUCGACACUUAUUCGAUUACCUAUCUCGUUUGGCCGAUAAGCUAGGCAUCAGAAAUUCCUAUUGUUGGGGCUUCUGCAAAUACCCAUUGAAUUCACUCGAGAUUUGUAAUGUUUUGUUUAGUGUUAGCUAACGGUCACUCAAUAAAGAGGUCAUGCUUGUGCGA